GUGCUGUAUGAUAUCUCGAAGCGCUUCGAAAACAGUUGCAGCAGGUAGAGCUGUAGUGUCGCACACUGCCUGCCACGCGUCAGACCGCACUUUACCUUUUCCUAUAUCAAAUCAGCAACGCAAUGGCAACGGCUCCUGUGCAACGACCUGGUCUGCCUCAUCUGGACACCGCCCCUGACGUCUAUGAAACAUUUCCCGACGACGACACGACAGCGAGCACAGCAGGAAACCGCUCUUCACCUCCCCUUCCUUCCGAGACCGACGACACCAGUGCAGACGACGACGAUGACGAUGAUGAAACGGGUGGUGUCAACACGCGGCGGUUGUUUCCCAGCUCUGCUCGCAGGAGGUUCGGCGAGACGAGUCGUGCCAUAGAGACCAAGGGAGCGGAUCUCAGCGACAGGGUCGACGGCCGAAGAAAAGGCUACAGAGUCAAGCGAAGCGGCGGGACACGGGACGAUGAUGAGACGCUGGAGCAAAAGAUUGCGAGAUUGCGUAGAGAGGUGGAGGAAUGCCGGGCGGAGGCCGAGGCGGAGAAGAAAGAGAGGGGCGAGCAGCAGAAUGGAGACGGCGAUGAGGACCAUUUAGAUGCCACUGAGAAGCUCUGCGAUAUACUGGCUGAGGCGCAACUGCCCGAGAAAGCUAAAAGGAAGAAGGGACAUGCUCGAAAUCAGAGUGAGAGUGUCUUUCAUGAUGCGCCGACGAUCGCCAUACCUGAUACUGGAGCCGAUAGGGACGUCCCAGAAGGCGACGAGCACACACUUGCGAGGAUAUCCGUGUUCGAUCAGAGACUGGCUGCACUGGAAACUGCACUGGGCAUUGCGUCGCUCCACUCUGUGACAGAUUUUGAUACAACUUCCACGCCUUUUCUACCCACCUUGACGCUGUUAGACCAGCAAAUAGCCAGCUUGACGAGCGCAGCAUCUCUCAGCUCUCUUGAGCAAGCUACAUCACGAAUUCAAAAACUCAAGACUGAAGCUCAGAAUCUGGCGCAGCUUCAAAAAGCAGCUGCUAGCACAAAGGACACAACUGCUGGCUCGAAUGAUGAAGAGAGCGAGGCUCCAGCUCUUCUAUCAUCUGAUGACAUGAAGCGUCUCGAGACACUUUACUCACUUCUACCAGGUCUACAAUCCUUAUCACCUACUGUGCCCGCACUAGUCACGAGACUGCGUUCUUUGAGAACAUUGCAUACAACAGCAGCAAGUGCGAGCCAAGACCUGGAUGAUAUCGAAAGUAGACAGGCAGAGAUGGAAAAAGAACUGAAGAUGUGGCGCGAAGGACUCCAGAAGGUCGAAGGAGCUGUUCGGCGGCACGGUGAAGAUAAUGGUAGGAACGGGAGCUUCGUCAAGGGCUGGGUCGAUGAUCUGGAAGAGAGAGUGAAGGCCCUUGGGCGAUGAAUGAUGCUAUUCUGAGCCUGUCACGAUGCGAUGCCGUAUUACCAGAUUAGCCACGCCGAGAGACCUAUACUCUUCUUCAGCUGACCCAAUGCUAGAACGUUUCAGCCGGGUAUCAAGCGAGCCACUCCAAUGCAAAAGAAAGCAAUGAUACCACACAAGACAGAGGACGCCGCCAUGGUGGAAGAGAUGAUCCGGUUCCUUGCAGGAUGGAAGUGCCUCGCCGGUCGGGUUGUAAGAAAGUCGUAAUUGAGCCAGAAGAGGAGCACGCGCAGGCUCGGAGGCAGACGUGAGAGAGUGCCAGACUGUGACAGUACAGGUCAGUGAGUGAGGCCUGUUUCGACUUGCCGUGCUGUUGUUCCAUGUUUGCUUUAGUCGCCCAGAGAAUGGUUGCAACCACGUGCCAGGUCUGCCAGCAUCAUGCGGCUGCCGAAAUUGUCGAACUGGGUGGCGCCUUCUCACGCCGUAGGGCUGAACAUCGGCCGACCUCCCCAUAGGUGGAUAUUGAGUCAAUCUGCGAGACUUUUAGCCCGGGUCAAUCAUGGCUAUCGUUAUCCAGAUUCUUUGCACCUGGAAGCGUGAAACCUUCUCGGGGAAGCAAAACAAUGGCUUCAGAUUGGUGGACGCCCGACGGCAUCUACAUGAUACACUCCCGUGCAGACACUCUGUACGAAGUUACGAACCCGGUCACCAUCGCCUCCUUCACACACAUAUCACCCGAUCCACGCCACUUCACUCUUCGUGUAUAGACCCACCUCUUGUUACGCGUAUCACACCACCAACAUGCAUUUCCGGACAUUCUUCUUGGCCUUGGCCAGCACCGGCACAGCAUUCUGCGCAAUCUGGGAAACCCUCCCACCGACGCCCGCCCUUCCCGCUCCCAUCAGCAACGUCAAAGCCUCCAUAAACGGCGUGCAGCUCUGGUACCAAGAAUACAACAAACCCGCAUCACCGGACAGCAACAACAUCCCCAUUGUCCUCAUCCAUGGCGGCCUCGGCUACUCCGCCUACUUCGGCGCCGUCAUCUCCCGCCUCUCUCAAUCCCACCAUGUCAUCGCCGUCGACCGUCGCGGCCACGGCAGAUCCACCUACUUGCCCAACGACGUCUUCACCUUUCCCCAAUUCGCCCGAGACACCCAAAACCUCCUCCGCUCCCAGUUGAAAAUCUCCUCGUCCUAUUGGGUUGGCUGGUCCGACGGCGCAGCGACCACUCUCGCAGGCUUAUUAGACCCUUCCAUCUCUUCAGACAUUGCCAAAGCGUUCGUCUUCGCCGGCUUCCAAUCCUACAAGGAUACCAACGCGACCUUCACUUCCACACCCAUCUAUCAAGAAUUUGUCUCGCGAUGCGCGAAGGAAUACGCCACGUUACAGCCUCAAGCCAAUUUCACCGAUUUCGCCACCCGGGUCGCCACCUUGGAAGGUACGAUGCCUAAUUGGAGCGAUGCGGAUCUUGCUCGGAUUUCGGAUGGUUCCAAGGUGAUGAUUGUGGGUGCCGAGCACGAUGAAGCGGUAAAUUUGGCGGUACAUGGACAUCUGGCCAAGGUGAUUGCGGGGAGUACGUUGAAAGUGUUGACGCAGGUUUCGCAUUUUGCGCCUGUCCAAGAUCCGGGUCAGUUUGCGAGCGCGGUCGAGGAGUUUGUGAAGGCUUGAUUUAAUGAAGAUGGAACGAAAACUGAGAUGAUUGAUAAAUAUUGAGAGAUGCUUGAUUGAACAGGCGGACACUUGAUGUAAAUUGUAGACUACACGCGAGGAUUGUGUUUUGCACGUUGCUGUUGCUGUUGCCAUUGCUAUUGCUAUUGCCAAGACUUCGCAUAACCGACAAGAAUGUUACCUACUGCAGUAAUUAAACUGCCAUCCAAGCACCGAUGACAACAAUGUCACGUGCAAGACUACGCCACUAGGAACUUAGGCACCCCAAUU